CUUUAAUUUGUCAUGGCUCCUUAUAAAUGCGAAGUAAUAUUUUUGGUGUUCAAUGUUUGCUGCUCUGUGUAUGUUUUUGACUGUGGUUUUUAAUCAGAUAAAUAAGGCGUGAAUGUGGAAUUUGUGUAUUACCGCAUAAAAUUUCAGUGAUUUUAGUACACAAUCAGUUGGCUACAGUUGCACUAAACAAAGAGAUACAAGAUUGCUGGUAAACAAUGUGUGGUGGCAGCGGUGUGAAAACACAGGUUUGUUUUUGAUGUAAUUGAAGACCAUUAAGACAUGACUGACUCAAAGUACUUCACCACCACGAAAAAAGGAGAAAUAUUUGAACUAAAAUCUGAAUUGAACAAUGAUAAGAAGGAAAAGAAAAGAGAAGCAGUGAAAAAGGUCAUUGCAUCUAUGACAGUGGGGAAAGAUGUUUCAGCACUUUUUCCAGAUGUUGUCAACUGUAUGCAAACUGACAAUUUGGAACUGAAGAAACUGGUUUACCUGUAUCUCAUGAACUAUGCUAAAAGCCAACCAGAUAUGGCUAUCAUGGCCGUCAACACGUUCGUCAAGGAUUGCGAAGACCCUAACCCACUGAUCAGAGCUCUUGCUGUGCGUACCAUGGGCUGCAUUCGUGUUGACAAGAUAACUGAAUAUCUGUGUGAGCCUUUGCGCAAGUGCCUAAAAGAUGAAGAUCCGUAUGUUCGCAAAACUGCUGCAGUGUGUGUGGCCAAGUUGUACGAUAUCAACGCUCAACUUGUAGAGGAUCAAGGGUUUUUGGAUCAACUGAAGGACCUGCUUUCAGACUCUAAUCCUAUGGUUGUAGCUAAUGCAGUUGCAGCUCUGUCAGAAAUAAAUGAAGCAAGCACUAGUGGGUCUCCCUUGGUAGAGAUGAAUGCCCAGACUAUCAACAAGCUGCUUACUGCCCUUAAUGAAUGUACUGAGUGGGGGCAAGUCUUCAUCUUGGAUUCCCUCGCAAACUACACUCCUAAAGAUGAUAGGGAAGCACAGAGCAUUUGUGAGAGGAUCACUCCACGACUUGCUCAUGCGAAUGCUGCUGUUGUGCUAUCUGCAGUAAAAGUACUAAUGAAGUUUAUGGAACUUCUGCCUUCAGAGUCAGAAUUUGUUUCUACUCUCACCAAGAAGUUGGCACCACCUCUUGUAACCCUUCUGUCUUCCGAGCCUGAGGUUCAAUAUGUUGCCCUAAGAAACAUUAAUUUGAUUGUACAAAAACGUCCAGAUAUUUUAAAGCAUGAAAUGAAAGUAUUUUUUGUCAAGUACAAUGAUCCCAUUUAUGUGAAAUUGGAGAAGUUGGAUAUUAUGAUUCGCCUGGCUUCCCAAGCCAACAUCGCACAAGUACUUUCCGAAUUAAAAGAGUAUGCUACAGAGGUGGAUGUUGAUUUUGUACGCAAAGCAGUUCGUGCUAUUGGGCGCUGUGCUAUCAAAGUGGAGCAAUCAGCUGAGCGGUGUGUCUCAACACUUCUUGAUCUUAUUCAGACUAAGGUCAACUAUGUGGUUCAAGAAGCAGUAGUUGUGAUAAAAGAUAUUUUCCGUAAAUAUCCUAACAAAUACGAAAGCAUCAUCUCCACCUUGUGUGAAAAUUUGGACACUUUGGAUGAACCUGAAGCAAGGGCUUCAAUGAUUUGGAUCAUUGGAGAAUAUGCAGAAAGAAUUGAUAAUGCUGAUGAACUACUAGAAAGUUUCCUUGAAGGUUUCCAUGAUGAGAAUACACAAGUACAGCUGCAGCUCUUGACUGCUAUUGUGAAACUGUUUCUCAAGCGGCCUACAGACACCCAAGAAUUAGUGCAGCAGGUUCUAAGCUUGGCGACUCAGGAUUCAGACAACCCAGAUUUAAGGGACAGAGGCUUCAUUUACUGGCGUUUGCUAUCGACCGAUCCAGCAGCUGCCAAAGAAGUUGUUCUUGCAGAGAAGCCCUUGAUCUCAGAAGAAACCGAUUUGCUGGAGCCAACAUUAUUAGAUGAGUUGAUCUGCCACAUUUCCAGCCUGGCAUCCGUGUACCACAAACCACCGAAUGCUUUUGUCGAAGGCAGGGGAGCAGGAGUACGCAAGAUGUUACCUGCAAGAGUGGGUUCUCAGGAAGCCAUCCUCGACUCUGGAGCAGCUCCGUCCAGCACGGGCAUCGAGCAGCCAGCUGUAAUCCCAUCCCAGGACUCGCUUAUUGGUGACCUGCUUAGCAUGGAUAUUGGAGCACCAAGCAUACCAACUCAUCAGACUUCCAUCUUCAAUACACCUCCAGUUGAUUUGCUUGGUGGUGGUUUAGACAGUUUGUUGGUUGGAUCAGAUGUCAGUGGCAGUGCAGAUGCUCCAGGGGUGUCACAGUCUACCACUGGGCUGUUGGGUGACAUUUUCAGUUUUGUUGCCACACCAACUUCAUAUUUUGCUCCGAAAAUCAACUGGCUACCUGCUGACAAAGGCAAAGGCCUUGAUAUAUGUGGCACGUUUUCCAGAAGAAAUGGCCAAAUUUACAUGGACUUCACUUUCACAAACAAAGCGAUGCAGCCAAUGGCUGGUUUUGCUAUUCAAUUGAACAAAAACAGUUUUGGCUUGACACCAAGUGCACCACUACAGGUCAUGACUCCACUGCCACCCAACAUGUCCCACGAGUGUUCAUUACCUUUGGCUACAUCUGGAGCUGUCCAGCGCAUGGAGCCUCUGAAUAAUUUGCAGGUGGCUGUCAAAAAUAAUAUUGAUGUCUUCUACUUUGCCUGCUUGGUACCAAUGAAUGUCUACUUUGCUGAAGAUGGCCAGAUGGAUAAACGUGUUUUUCUGGCCACGUGGAAAGACAUUCCAGCGCAGAAUGAAGUGCAGUUCACGUUGUACAAUAUUCAGUGCAGUGCAGAUACUGUUGUGCAGAAAAUGCAACAGAACAAUGUGUUUACCAUUGCAAAGCGAAAUGUGGAAGGUCAAGAUAUGCUUUACCAGUCUCUCAAACUGACAAAUGGCAUUUGGGUGCUUAAUGAACUGAAGAUACAGCCAGGGAACCCUAACAUAACUCUUUCCCUGAAGUCUCGGGCUCUGGAGGUUGCACAAGGAAUAUAUCAAUCAUAUGAUGCCAUUCUUCAUGCAUAACUAACAGUAUAGAAAUAAUCUUUAGAAUAAUGAAUAUUUAUUUAUUUGUACAUUUAUAUACUUACAUAUGAAUUUAUUUAACACAAUACAUUAGCAUUUCAAUGACAGAACUCAUUGGAUGUAAUGAUUGUUAUUCCAGUAGGUAAAUAUUUGUUAUAUACGUAAAGUGUUCUUUUUGUAUGAAGUUUUUCAUUGAUGUACAUUUAGGUAGAAAAUUUGAUUUUUAUUUUGAAACAUGCUACUUUUGUUUAUCAGUGACUGAGAACUAAAUAUAACACAUCUCUUCCUGUUCAUCAUGUGGGAAUAUUAGUAUUAGUGGAAAUAAAUGCUAUAAUGAUGAGCAGUUUUCUGGUUAAACUUCGUUCAGUGAACUUUCACAUGUAUUUGUACAGAUUUAUUAUGUACAAACAUACAGAACUGUCUAGAUAUUUUGGAAUAUAAUACAAAAUUUUUCAUAUGUUUACUAUAUUUGCUAGUUUAAUUAAUUCAGUCACUUAGUCAAGUUAUUUAGUUAUUUAAGGGAAUUGUUCAGGUAUUAGGAAUAAGUACUGUUUUUUUCGUAAAUUAUGAUGUGAUAUUGUGUAAAUGUAAACUAUGUUUUACUAUUAAGUUACGAAUGUUUUUUCUUGUGGUGAUGGUUAACCAAAGUUGUUAAAAUUGGUGUGCUUUAAGCAAAACAUUUCAGUUUCAAUCGCACACAAAUAAGUUUUUCACUUCAUUGCUGCUGUGCUGUAUGCAGGGAGAGUGGUGGUCCUUAUCUUUAACACAAUUCCAUCAUUAUUCAUGUACCAGAGUUCCAGAUGAUUGUGUACUGUAUCUCGCUACCUGAAAAUUAAAAUAUUCAUUAGUGCCGA